AUUAUUUAUUAGCCCUCGAAAUUUCAAGGUUGACCUACAGGAUCCUCAACACCUGCAACCUACAUACGUAUUUAUUAUGCGUACGUGUAAUGCAGUUCGUGUCCACUCAAUCAUCCGUUUGCGUAACUAUCCUCAAAAUGCUUCAAUCCGUUAAUAAACCAUGUUUAGCAGAAUAUCGGAAGUGAGUGAUUGACAUAAUUGGCCAUUCAAAUUAUACAAGUUGUUCUAGGAUGAAGGGGAUACUUGGACUUAUUCCCGAAGCUGAGCAAACCCUCACACGACGACCAGAACAAGGGACCACCACGAGUAAGCAUUUAGUUGAGUGGGCGGAAAAUAAUUGUCCAUUUGUUUAUGAUACCUUUGUUUUGGUUCAUUUUCCCGUAUCGGAAAGCAGUGGUGUGUGUAUUGUGAUGAUCACCCACUUGAAGUCAAUUGGUUUGCGAGGGCCUAAUACACCACUUGGUACUUGGCUUGGCUUGGGUUGACUUGGUACAAGUGGAUGAGACAAAGGGAGUCACAAAUUUGGUUAUGCCGUAGACUUUGGUGGUGUUUAUUCAGAGUUCGGUUAGUGGUAAUAAGAUUGGUUUGGUUAGGACGUUUGGGUAUUCAUGACACAAGGAUUGAGCAAACAUGGGAAGGAUCCGAGUGAACUAAUCAGAUUGGCAGAUGGAAAAAUGUUUGCCCACAAGAAACCUGACUCCGACCACAAUGCCCCACAGCAUCUCCAACCCAUUUCCACACACACACAGAUUCAGCAUUGUUAAAAUAAAUAGAAACUCUCCGAAAAAGAAAUGCGAUCAUGACAUGCCGUCGGUUCCCUUUCUUUCUUUAUCCUCCUCAUGUAUGCAUUAAAGUUAGUUAACUCUCUCAGGGUAAAAGCUCCCAAUGCACACCACUCCGAGUAGCAGGAACUAAAUGGAAAAUGCUCCUUUAUUGUCUUUCGGUUCGGUAUUGACAUGGUUUGCUUUACUUUGCUCACUGCCGAUGAUGAUGUGACAGAGCGUCCUCCCGUACUGCCAGAACUGCGACGGAUGUAAUCUUCCAUGAGAUGAGGUAACCAAUUCCCACAGUCAACAGUAAAUCUUUUGCUUUUAGCAGUUUUCUCUAGCCAAUGAUGAUUCCAUCACAUCCAUCCAUCCGUCACACUCUCGUCGCCGUCGUCGACAUCAUCCACCAAAGAUUUUUCGAGGAUCAUCCACAUUGUUGAUACGCAGCCAACCUUCCUGACCUGGAACAGUUGGCCCAUUUCUACUGAAAAGUAGUUACGAGUGACUCAAAUUCCCCCACGUUUCACAGACACUUAAUAUAUCACGUAAUUAGACUGCUGCUACCUCGAAUCUCGCUAAGCCAAGUUAUAAAAUAGUGUCAAAUAAUACGCAAAUGGAGAAAGAACGACGCCCAAAAUGUGCUAGAUGUCGAAAUCACGGGAUGAUUUCCUGGUUGAAGGGCCACAAAAAGCAUUGCAGAUUUCGACUGUGUGCCUGUGCCAAGUGCAACUUGAUUGCCGAAAGACAGCGAGUGAUGGCUGCUCAGGUUGCACUGAAGCGUCAACAGGCCGCCGAAGAUGCUGUCGCACUCGGACUACGAACGAUCGCAACGGGUUCGUCAAUGCGAUCACUGCCACCCGGCCCCAUUUUUGGGAUGAAAGUGGCUGAAUCGGACGAAGCUCUCUCACAAAGCCCCGUCACCCCCAAUGCCAAACCAACUGGGAGAGAUGACUACACCAUCAAAGAAGACUUGUCCCCAAAGUUGGAACGAGUUGAAGAACACGAAAAGCAGUCCAAAAAGUCUCAGCAGCAGCAACAACGACGUGAAAAUGAAAUAUCUACAACUACGCCGAAAGAUGUUUUAAGGAAGCAUUUUCCAACGUAUGAGGAUGCCGUGUUAGAUCGAAUAUUGUCUCAAAAUGACCACAACCUCAUCAAAACAAUUCAUAAGCUGGGUGGAUCUAACCAUCACCACCACCACCACCACCAUUCUCACUCUUCCCAUAAUUCUUCUUCCAAAUCUGGUCACAAAUGCAGUGGAAACGCACUUCAGUCGUAUUUGGCAAACUGGAGUCCAGCCCGACAGCCAACGGACUAUUCUCAUCAGGGAAGUAAUACUGGUAACAAUUCCAGACGAAUUUCUGCAUUUGUUAAACCACAGCGAUCGUCUCGUCACAUCAUGACCACCCCCAGCAAUAACAACGCAGUUCCCUCAUCUGGUUCUAGUGCAGGUUCUUUCACCCCUCGAGGCCACUCCUCAGCAGAUCUGCCACUCGGACCUGGUCCAACAGCCUCCAUGACUCAACUAUUCCAAAAUCCCAACAACCCCACUCCUUCCGACCCCUUCAGCCUGUCCACAGCCAUGCUUCCCUACCACACACCUCCACCCAUGUGGGCAUCGAAUAUUUUUUAUCACUUUGCCCUGCCCCACAGCCAGCCUGCGAAUCUGAGUGACCUGGGGUCCUCGUUGUACGGGAGACCGUUCCACUUGCCUUCACCCACAGGAUGCACGAUUCCAGGAUGCCGAGACUGCCUCCCUACUCUCGCUUCCAUCCCUACGACCACCCCAACGACGACACAAGGGAUGAAAGGUUCGGGGUCAAUUGAGAUUGUGAGACGAGGUGGCUGCGGAAGUGAGGACUCUCGAUCACCUCUUCCCCCACAGUCCUCAGAUGAGGAUGACAAUAGUAAUAGUAGCAACAUUGCCAUUGAUGUGGAUAGUUUGAAAAGCGACUAGAAAAGGAAUUGACCAUAUCAUCUUAUCGUUCAGAUUAUCAGUUGCCAUCUCAAACAUCUAGACAUAUACUUAUUUAUUUAUAUGUAUUAUAAUUAGAUUUGCUGGUCCAACUUAAAAUUGAAUCAUUGGAUGCAGUUGUCGACACUGGGCGAAGAGGAAUAACAAAGUUUUCGUAGCAUGACUUGUGUGGCAGCUUCCAUUAGUUAAGUAAAUAAACAGCCAUCAAUCAAACGACUGUAUACAUUAUUAUGGUUUGACAAGUGUUGUUACGUGCGAGAAUGGACACAUUAGGAGUUUUACACAACAUAUUACAAAUGAGCAUACAAGAAAUAUUAUGAAAAUAUUAAAAGCUGAGAAACCAUGCCAUGCCAUGUAACAAGUCGACAUGUAAUCCUAGAACUGUGACCUGUUUUCGAAAACGAAAAACUCACACUAAAAACACAAAACUUCCUGUUAUUGUCACAUUUUUAUUAUAAAACUAUUUUGGAAUAGUCAAUACUGUAAAAAAUUGCAUUGUUAUUACAUUAUUAGACUCCAUACUUAUUAUAUUGUUAUUUAGCACAAAAUAAAUAAAGUUUCAGUUCACUUUUUGAGAAUUUGAGCCCAAAACAUUUGAUAUUUUUUAUCCGUAAUGUUGUUGCAAAUCAGUAUCAAAUAUACAAUGUGAUGAUGUGCAGCGAUGAAAUAAAAUUAAU